AACAUCAAUCUAUACAGGGAAGAACAAAGAACACAAUUCAAAGGGGGAAAAUGAGAAGAGAGGGAGAAGAUAGAGGGUUCGAAGGGGAAGGCAAGGGUUUCAAUGUCUCUCUUUGGACACUUCGAUGGUAUGGCAAGACUAGUUCGGCGAUGAUAACGAUCAACGUUGGUUCUCAUUUAUACCCUAAGAAUCUAGUCCUCCACCUUGGAAAUCAGCUCAACUUCAGUGUAGAAGGAUUAAAUGAUCAAGUGUUUGGCCGUUGGUUGAGUGCCAAUGAAAGUGUUAUCUAUGUGGACAUGAUAUCUGGAAAAGAUGAAGCCAUUAGGGAAGUGAUCUUUAAAAAUUCAAGUUUGAAACUGCAAACAGCAGUUACAGUGUUGAAAGGGACUAUUGUGUUUAUUGAUGAUCCCAAAGAGAUGUUAACAAACGUUCCCAUCCCAGCAAAAGGAUUCAGCUUCCCUGUGAGGUUCGGGUUUGUAAAUUGGCCUUUUUGUCUUGACAGCAACUAGAAUUUAGCGUAUCUUUAUGUCCAUUGCUUGGAAGCUAAUGAUAUUAAGAUUAUUUCCCUAGAUUUCAUUUUGGUCAUACAUUGUCUAUAAUUUCUGAAAUUUGUGUCUUUGGAAGACAAAUGAACUUGUAGAAUUUACAUACUCAAAAUAAAGGUUCUGCCUUGAGAAUUUCUUAAUUGAGCAUGUUCAAUUCAAACUUUUUCUUUUCUCUUAUGUGCUGCUUCCUUAAAGAUUCUUGCGUAGAAAUUUCUCUGCCUUGACAUUGUAGUAUUUGAGUCAUCGACUUUGUGAAAAUAGCUUGUCUGCUUCCUUAAUUGCUAAUCAAACCGUCUACAACCUUUCCAGUGGUGUUUCAAUUACGUUUCCUUUCCAAAAGUUAUAUGAAAACUUUUUUAGAGCAUUUUUCUUUUCGUGAGUGUAUACAUUGCUAUUUCUUUGUCGAUUUGUCUGAAAUCCUAAUAUACGAAGUUGUUUAUUGUUCAAUUUACAACUUGCAAAAAUGAUACAGAAUCUCUUGGAAGCUUGUACAAACAAAUGCAAUAUGAGAAAAGAAAAUUUUGCAUGUUUUCAUCGUGAGGAACAUUGCAUCAACUCCCUGCAAAGAGUUGGGAGGGGUGGGAAUUAAGAGACUAGGAAGAAAUUUGAUAAUCACUUUGUGUGUACAGGAUUAUUUGGCACUUGUUACACUGUAAGAAAAAUAAAAUGAAAAAUUCUGAUGAAAAUGUUUCAGUAUGUGUUUCAGUAUCACCUUUAAUCUUAUGUUGUUUGAGAUUUCAUUUAUAUUAUUGCAAAUUUUUUAGAUUUUUAGGUGGUUCUAUUUCAUUUUGAUAGUUUAUCUCGAUGGAUUUGAUCUCCAUUGCUUGUAUCUUCAACAACCUUUUUUCAAAUAUUGGCUUUCAUUAUGUGCUGUUAACUUGUAUAUGUUUGGCAUCCCGUCACUAUUAAAUAA